AUGUCAGCUACUCUCACUAUCGCAGAGUACCUCUUCAGUCGAUUGAGCCAGUUGGGAGUUGACUCGGUUCACGGCGUCCCCGGCGACUACAACCUCCCACUCCUAGACUAUAUCAAGCCUACAGGGCUUCGUUGGGUCGGAAACACCAAUGAACUAAACAGUGGAUAUGCCGCUGACGGUUAUGCGCGUGUCAAAGGAAUCGGAGUACUUAUCACGACAUUUGGUGUAGGCGAGCUGUCAGCUAUAAAUGCCGUCGCAGGAGCCUACGUCGAACGUAGCGCAGUGGUACACAUCGUAGGAUGCCCAGCCAGAUCUGCGCAGAAGUCACGAGCUCAGCUUCAUCACACCUUCAACGAUGGAGACUUCGACCGAUUUGCAGCCAUGCAUAGUUACGCAACCAUUGCUCAUACAAAGCUUUGGGACAUACGCACUGCUGGAGAAGAUAUCGAUCAAAUUCUUCGCAAGUGUGUCACACUCCAAAGACCUGUGCACCUUCAGAUCCCUGUCGACAUGGGUACACUUGAGAUUGCUAGUCAAAGGUUGCAAGUGGACAUUCUCGCCGAGACUCCGGAACCUACAACUCGGGCUGAGGACGCUGUUAGCACUAUCCUCGACAAACUGUAUUCGGCGAAGCGCCCUAUCAUCCUGGUAGAUGGCGAGCUACGGAACCCGAAAAUCAUUCAGGGGGCUAAUCAGAUCGUCACCUCAACAGGCUGGCCAACUUGGGUAACCUGUUUCUCCAAGGGUCUGAUUGAUGAAACACUCUCAAAUGUACACGGAAUCUACCAGGGUGACUUUGCCCCUGAAGCAUCACAGAAAGUCUUCAAGGAAUCUGAUCUGGUCAUUUGCAUUGGGCCUCAUUUGAGCUCGGCCAACACCUUUAUGUUCUCCGCUGUUCCCAAAUCAGAAAGUGCGAUCUUUAUCAACGAUAACGAUGUCAAGAUCUUUGGGAACAUUGUCGAAGACGCACCCGGUCAGUACGUCAUCGCUCGCUUGGCUGAAAGAAUCAACAAAGAUAGAGCCCGUUCCGUAUACCAGCAAUACCCCGAUAUACACAAAGAGAGCACGAUUCCGUUUUCAUCUUUAUCCAAGAGCCAUCCUGUUACACAGGAUAGGAUAUGGCGUGUAUUGGGUAACAUGUUCCGCAAAGGAGACAUCAUCCUGGGUGAUGUCGGCACAGCAGGCUAUGGGCUUCGUGACGUCCCAUUGCCACCCUCUUCAAGGUUGUUACUCCCGGUUACCUGGCACUCUAUCGGCGGUCAGCUCCCAACCUCGCAAGGUGUGGCCUUAGCCCAAAAAGAUCUCGCAGCGUCUGCAAAAAGGCAGGCUCUUGGCCGCACGAUUUUGAUGAUCGGUGAUGGGAGCUUCCAGGUAACCGUUCAGGAGCUAGCCACGAUCAUCCGUCAGAAUCUGGAUGUACUCGUAUUCUUGAUCAACAACGACGGCUACACGAUCGAGCGUGCUAUUCAUGGCUUGUCGGAGGAAUACAAUGAUAUCGGUCGCUGGAACUAUCUCCUGGCACCUGAGUUCUUUGGAGCAAGGAAAGACAAUUUUAAGACGGCCACGAUAAGAACCUGGGGUGAACUAGAAGAUGUUCUCCACAAUCAGCAAGUCGUUGAUGGGAAGGGACUACGCAUAGUUGAGGUACUAAUGGCACGGGAUGAUGUUCCAAUCGGGCCGAUGUCGAUGUGGUUGGAAAAGGAGAAGAAAAGACACGUGGAAUAA